UACAGACACUUGGCAGGUAACAUGCUGCCUGAGAGACAAACAGAGCAUUCUAUCACUGAAUAUAACAGGAAAAAGAACAUUAGAGGGAAGAAGGCAUCCGAUCUGCUGAGAAUGAGCCAAGCUGUUAAUGCAGAUUACAAAGGAAGCGGUUAUACACGAGGGCACAUCAAUCCCAAUGGGCAUCAUGUGACACAGGACAGCCGGAAGGCCACAUUCACCCUGACCAAUGUGGCCCCAAUGACUAAAGAACUGAACAAUAAUAUAUGGAACAGAUAUGAGAAUGAGAUGAUUAAAAUUGCUAAGACGUGCUCCUCUAUGUAUGUGGUGACUGGCGUUGUACCAAGUAAAUCUAAAUGGAUUGGGCAAAAGCGAGUGAAUAUUCCCAGCCACGUGUGGAGCGCUUACUGCUGCACUGGUGCAAAUGAGCGGCCAAUAAAGUCAGGGGGGGGAAUAGGUGCCAACGGCAACUUAAAAAAACCCAUUGAACUAAUUCAAAUGCCUGAAUUUCAAAACAAGCUUACAAAGUUGCUUAACAUAAAACGAAAUAUUGAUAUAUUCCAUAGUGGCUGCAAACACGAAUAGCUAUGGCUAGUGAGGGUCAGGUUCUCUUUUAACACUGUCAAGGCUCAUAGCUGGAUCCAG